AUGGAAAAGAUUCUUGAACACUAUGAAAUUUAUUCAUAUGCAGAAAAGCAGCUCAAAACAACUAAUGUUGAGUCACCUGUAUGUUUGAAUCUGGAAUAUGCAAAGCUUAAGGCUAGAGUGGAGGUCUUGCAGAGAAACCAAAGGAACUAUAUGGGAGAGGACUUGGAUUCCCUGAGCUUGAAACAGCUGCAAAAUCUGGAAAAUCAGAUUGAUGUUUCUCUUAAACACGUUCGAUCUCGCAAGAACCAACUCUUGAAUGAAUCUAUUUAUGAGCUUCAGAAAAAGGACAAGGCAUUGCAGGCGCAAAAUAACAUGCUUAUGAAGAAGGUCAAAGAGAAGGAAAAAGAAUUGGCUCAAACUUCUCAGCUCUCGUAUCGAAUGAUUUGA